UGUCAAAAAGUAUAGAGCCAUGUUAUAAUCGGUAAAGUGCGCAAGAAACUGAAAAACGAAACUUUAAUAACAAUUGCGAACAAACCUGAACCAGCUGCUCUGACCACCGGUAGCCUGCAUCUCUUCUAUUGGCCCAAACUCUUGAGUUCAACGUUUCUUUUCCGGUUUACGUUCGCGCUUAGAAAAAAAAAUACAAUAAAAAGUUAGCAGUAUCUCUCAGUCACUUGACAAGGUUAAAGUCGAAGGUUUUAGCGGCGGUAAGCCUUUCUUCUUGUUAUUUGAAAACAGUAGUUUAAUAAAACGCCUUUAGAGCGUCGCACAAGCCGUUAAAGAUAUUAGUUUGCACCAAUUCCGUAACCAUGGUAACAAGGGCUAGCCUCUAACUGCCUUUAAAACACAGGACCCCCGGCUUACUGGCAGCAUUAGCUACAUUUAAAGGCAAGUCAAAGUGAACAGCUACAGUGCGGUUGUAACUUGUGUCAUAGUCACAACUUUCUAAUCAGCUGUCUGACUUUUCACAUUGAAGAAGUUGGCCAGAACACAGCAUUUGCUCUCGGCUUUGACAACCAUCUGCCAGCUGGGGGAAGCUGUCACGGAUGUCUGAUAAGAAAGGAAGCGAUUCUUUGAACACUGAUGGGGGUGGACCUCUAAAAGUCUCCUACAUUUUUCCAAACGGAGACAGAUAUGAGGGAGAGUGCAGCAGGUCUGCAUAUGGAGCACUGGUGAGGAGCGGUGCUGGUAAACACACCUCAGCAAGUGGCAUCACAUACACUGGAGAGUGGCAUGAGGACAAAAUGCAUGGUAGAGGGACCAUGCAGUAUCCCUCUGGAGCACAAUAUGAAGGAGAAUUCAAAGACAACAUGUACAACGGCACAGGAACAUACACCUUCCCAGAUGGUUCUAUGUGUAAAGGUCACUUUCAUAAUAACAGAGUCCAACCUGGGAACCAAAAUAUAGCCAACGCUAAGAUAUGACAAGGACAAGGUUGAAAAACAGGUCAGCAU